AUGAAAGAGUCUGACGCAGAUACGAAACUUCGAGAUCGGGAUCUCUAUCCGCCGCCCACCGUCGACGUCGCUUCAUUUGGAGGUCGAAGAAGGGUCGGGAAAGUGGAUCUAGGCUUAAAGAGAAGAGAAUGGGUCAUCUUGGCUAUAGUCUCCGUCCUAGGGGCAUUCAUUCGAUUGUGGAGGCUCUCUUAUCCUACGUCUGUUGUUUUUGACGAGGUCCACUUUGGUGGUUUCGCCAGCAAGUACAUCCGCCAACGGUUCUUCAUGGACGUCCAUCCACCUCUCGCCAAACUGCUAAUCACACUCGCUGCGUUUAUCGGGGGAUUCGAUGGCAACUUUGACUUCAAGGAUAUCGGCAAAGACUACCUCGGACCCAAAGUUCCCUAUGUCAUCAUGCGGUUCUUCCCUGCUGUCCUUGGUCUCGCCCUCAUCCCCAUCUCCUUCUUGACCCUUCUAGCGCUUCGACUCUCCCUCGCCACUGCCAUCCUAGGAUCCCUCCUCAUUACAUUUGAGAACGCACUGAUCGCUCAAUCUCGUUUGAUCCUUCUCGAUUCAUUCCUUGUCUUCUUUACAGCUCUGACCAUGUACUUUUGGGUCAGAUUUGCCAAUCUCGACGCGGAGGGAAGAGCUUUCACCCGGCCCUGGUGGAGAUACCUCACUCUGGUAGGAUUAGGACUUGGCGCGACGUUGAGUUGCAAAUGGGUAGGAUUGUUCACUAUCGCCACUGUUGGUUUGGGAACCCUCAGACAACUCUGGUUGCUUCUUGGGAACCUCAAGGUCACUCCGAGGAUGUUGUUCCGACACUUUGCCGCGAGAGCAAUGUGUCUGAUCGUGGUGCCAAUCAUUUUCUACAUGUUCAUGUUCCAGAUUCAUUUCUGGAUCUUGAACCAGUCGGGAGAAGGCGAUGGGUUCAUGAGCUCAGAGUUCCAGCAUACGCUCCAAGGGCACGGUAUGGAGGACACUUAUGCAGACGUCGGCUUUGGAUCCAUCGUGUCUAUUCGACACGUCCACACACAGGGUGGAUAUCUGCAUUCACACCCACAUGCGUACCCAGGCGGAUCUCAACAACAACAGAUCACGCUUUACCCUCACCGAGACGACAACAACCUUUGGCGAAUCACCAAUGGCUCCAGCGUAGACGACGCGCAGUAUGAUUGGGACACGUUGCCGUUUGAUUAUGUCCUUACCGGAUCGAAGAUCCGACUAGAACACACAUCGACCUUCAAGCGACUUCACAGUCACGAUGUCAGGCCGCCAGUCAGUGAUGUCGAGUUUCAGAAUGAAGUGUCAGGUUACGGGUACGAGGGGUUCGCCGGAGAUGCCAAUGACGAUUUCAUCGUUGAGAUUGCUCCAAAGACCCGAGGCAAGCGGGAUCGUCAAGCGAGACACCGCCUUCGCACCCUUCGAUCGGAAUUCCGCCUGCGACAUGCACUGUCCGGAUGCUAUCUCUUCUCUCACAAGGUCAAACUUCCAGAUUGGGGCUUUGAGCAGCAAGAGGUGACUUGCAACAAAAAUCCUACUUGGGAGAACUCAUUAUGGUACAUUGAGACCAACACUCACCCUCAAUUGGCAUUUGACGCUGAGAAAGUCAACUAUCAACGACCAAGCUUUUUCGAAAAGUUCUUUGAGCUACAAGCCGUCAUGUGGCGUACGAAUGCCGGAUUGACGGAUCGACACGCAUACGAUUCAAGACCUCAGCACUGGCCUUGGUUGAGGCGAGGCAUCAACUUCUGGGUUCACGAUCAUCGCCAAGUGUAUCUCGUUGGUAAUCCUGUUGUUUGGUGGACUUCUACACUCGCCAUCGCUCUCUAUGUUGGGGUGCGGGGUCUACUGAUCCUCCGGGCGAAGCGAGGCUACAGAGACCUCUAUGCUCCCAAAACCGCAUUCUACGACGAGACAUGCGCCUUCCUGCUCAUGUCUUGGGGUCUGCACUAUCUUCCCUUCUUCCUCAUGCAGCGACAGCUCUUCCUGCACCACUAUCUCCCCGCUCUCUACUUUGCCGUCUUGCUCCUCUGCACAGUCUUCGACUAUAUCACGUCUCGCCUACGACCUCGAACACGCGUGCAGAUCGCCGCUGUACUGCUCAUUCUCGUUAUUUGGUCUUACAACCACUUCAGCCCUCUUACAUACGCCAGACCGUGGACAAGGGGCAAGUGUGAAAGGGCUAAAUGGCUCAAAACUUGGGACUUUUCAUGCGCCGACUUCCAUGAGAAUAUGUCUCAGUACAAGCAUUCUGCUAUCGCUCAAACGAGCGCCAAAGUCGGUUCCAAUGAUGGUCUCGGUCAUGACUUUACGACCACCAUGGUGGAGGAGGCUCCUGAGCCCAUCAAAAACGUCUUCGAAGACCCCAACGCUCCACCCGAGGAAAAGACUAUCGCUCCGGUCGGACCGCAGAAUGAAGUUCCCAUGCAAGCAUCGACAUACAUCGCGCACCCUCCGGUUCAACCUGUAUCAGGGGAUGCUCCUAUCCCAGAAGAUCUACGUAACCCUGUAGGACUGGACGCCGGCGCACCCGAAGUCACAGACGCAGCGGAAGACCAAGGAGGAUGGCACGGUGGGGCUGAGGAUCCUGAAGGUCAUCCUAUUCCUCCCCCUGCUGGCGUGGCUGGAGGUGUCAGAGCUGAGAAAAUAUUGAAUGAUCAUGCUGAGCCGGCUAGAGCGCCUGUGGGAGCACAGGUCGCUGAGGUCCCGGAGCUCGAAUUAGAUCGGGAGGCUAUGCAGUUGGCGGAGGAGGCUUUGAGAGCUGAUGAAGAGGGGCAAUGA